ACUAAACUAGGUUACAUGCCUUUUAAAUGGGAUCAGCUGCUUUAUGGUAAUGCCGGAAAGCAAAUGACAAUGUCAACUUCUGAAGUGUGAGGUUAUAAUUCCAUGGUAAAUAAACAAACAACAAACUUUACAGUCAAUUAAAUGGAGAAAAACAUGAAACGAGUGUUUGUAACGGUGGGCACUACGAAAUUCCCCAAACUAAUCGAUGCAAUAACUCGAAGCACUACUCUAAAAACCCUCCAGGACAGGGGCUAUAAUUUCGUUCAAGUUCAAACUGGUCGCGACUUUCAAGGGGUGAAUUUGGAGGCGGAAAUCAAAGCCACAGUCGAACAGCAAGGAACAUCCUGGACAGUGCAGCUAGCUGACUGUAGCCUAACGCUGAAAUACCACGAGUACUUUGAACAUUUUGAGGAGGAGAUUCGGGCGGCUGAUCUAGUGAUCAGCCAUGCAGGGGCAGGGUCCUGUUUGGAUGCACUCAGGCUGAACAAGCCGCUGAUUGUUGUAAUCAAUGAGGAUCUAAUGGAUAACCACCAGACAGAGCUGGCGAAGCAAUUGGAGAAGAAUGGUCACGUUUACUUUUGCGUGCCCAGCACGUUAGCAGCCACUUUACGCUUCGAUUUGACGAAACUAGUGCCCUAUCCGAAAAUCGACGAGAAACUUUUUGCGAAUUACUUGGACAAGUGCUCUGGAUUUGUGCAAUAAUAAACUAUGAAUAAACCAGUACCAGGAAAAACAUGCAUGUCUGGCAACGAUGUCCAUAGAUAGGAAAUGCAUAAGAUAACCUCUUGGGGGCACUUAAUGAAUAAAUAAAUAGUUAUCAUAC